CGCCAAACUCGCUCCGCUCUGCUCUUACCAUUGCAACUUUUGCAGACUCUACAGACAUGUCGUACAAUAGCUGAAGUAAACCUGUCAUUCGGCUCAUCGUUUGAGCCUCCGACAAAUAGGUGAUAGACAGGAAUCCGUUGAAGGACACCCCCGCUGCUGUUUGGCUUUCAAUGGCCUCUGAUUAAAAACCUUGGAUAUGAGUUAUGAUCAUUUUUCUCAUUAUUGAACUGGGCUAGUGAUGCAGGAGACCGUGGCGACUCUCUCAGUGGUUCAAGAUGGCAGAUUUUUAUUGAGUUUUGAACAGAUAAAUCGCUUUAUUUUUUGCCAUGAAUAACAGAAAUCUUUGCACCGAUGGCCCCUGUAUACGAAGGUAUGGCCUCGCAAGUGCAAGUCUUUCCCCCUCACACGCUCCAGUCAAGUGCCUUCUUUAGCGUGAAGAAACUGAAAGUGGAGCAGAGUUGCAACUGGGAUAUGACAGGGUACGGCACGCACAGCAAAGUCUACAGCCACAACAGCAGCAGCAGCACCAGCGGCGGCAGCAGCAAGCACGUGUCGGCCAGCGUCGCCCCCCUCGGCAUCAGCAGCUCCCUGCAGGUGGCCAGCUCCACGCUGCACUACGAGCAGACGCUCAUCUUCCCAGCCAGCGCUAGCCACAUCGUGGUCGCCUCAGCCAGCAGCACUUCAGGGGCCGCGGGGUCACUGCUGGGCAGCAGCGCUAGCAGCGGAGGCAACGGCGGUAGCGGUAGCAGUUGCGGCGGCGGCGGCGGCGGUGGUGGCGGCGGCAGCAACUGCAGCGACGGAGGCGGAGGAGGAGGAGGCAGCACUGGUGGUGGGGUGGGUGUCCACAACCUGACCCGCCGUAGUACUGUCAGUCUCCUGGACACGUACCAGCGAUGCGGGCUUAAGCGCAAAAGCGAGGAGCUCGACAACAGCCACAGCAGCGUGCAGCUCGUGGAGGAGCGCGGCGGCGCGGCCAUGAUCCAGAACGGAGCGGGCAGCGGGGCGGCGGCGAUGGCGGCGGCGGCGGCGGCGGGGACGGCGCCCGCCACGGCCACCGCCAACUCCACCGCCACGUCCAAGAACAGCAGCGCCAACAACGAGGGGGACUACCAGCUGGUGCAGCACGAGGUGCUGUGCUCCAUGACCAACACCUACGAGGUGCUGGAGUUCCUGGGGCGAGGCACCUUCGGGCAGGUGGUGAAGUGCUGGAAGCGGGGCACCAACGAGAUCGUGGCCAUUAAGAUCCUGAAGAACCACCCGUCGUACGCGCGGCAGGGCCAGAUCGAGGUCAGCAUCCUGGCGCGCCUCAGCACCGAGUGCGCCGACGACUACAACUUUGUGCGGGCCUACGAGUGUUUCCAGCACAAGAACCACACGUGCCUGGUGUUUGAGAUGCUGGAGCAGAACCUGUACGACUUCCUCAAGCAGAACAAGUUCAGCCCGCUGCCGCUCAAGUACAUCCGGCCGGUGCUGCAGCAGGUGGCCACGGCCCUCAUGAAGCUCAAGAGCCUGGGUCUGAUCCACGCCGACCUCAAGCCCGAGAACAUUAUGCUGGUGGACCCUUCCAGGCAGCCUUACAGAGUCAAGGUCAUCGACUUUGGUUCGGCGAGUCACAUCUCCAAGGCGGUCUGCUCCACUUAUCUGCAGUCCAGAUACUACCGGGCUCCAGAGAUCAUUCUGGGCUUGCCUUUCUGUGAGGCCAUAGACAUGUGGUCCCUGGGCUGUGUGAUAGCUGAACUCUUCCUUGGCUGGCCCCUUUACCCCGGGGCCUCUGAGUACGACCAGAUACGGUACAUCUCCCAGACUCAGGGUCUGCCUGCAGAGUAUCUGCUGAGUGCCGGGACGAAGACCACCCGCUUCUUCAACAGAGACCCCGACUCCACCUAUCCUCUGUGGAGACUCAAGACCCCAGAGGAUCACGAAGUCGAGACGGGGGUCAAGUCCAAGGAGGCUCGCAAGUACAUCUUCAACUGCCUGGACGAUAUGGCACAGGUGAAUAUGUCGUCGGACCUGGAAGGCAGUGAGAUGUUGGCGGAGAAGGCAGACCGCCGGGAGUUCAUAGACCUGCUGACCAAGAUGCUGACCAUCGACGCGGACAAGAGGAUCACCCCCAUCGAGACCCUCAACCACCCCUUCGUCACCAUGAACCACCUCCUCGACUUCCCGCACAGCACACACGUGAAGUCGUGCUUCCAAAACAUGGAGAUCUGCAAGCGGCGCGUGAACAUGUACGACACGGUCAACCAGAGCAAGACGCCCUUCAUCACCCACGUGGCCCCCAGCACGUCCACCAACCUCACCAUGACCUUCAACAACCAGCUCAACACUGUGCACAGCCAGGCCUCCUGCUUGGCCUCCUCCUCCACCACCAACGCCACCUUCUCCCUCGCCAACCCCGACGUCUCCCUGCUGAACUACCAGUCGGCCAUCUACCAGCCCACCAGCGCCUCCAUGGCCACCGUGGCCCAGAGGAGCAUGCCUCUGCAGCCGGGGCCCCCCCAGCUCUGCCCCGCGCGGCCCCCCGACCCCUUCCAGCAGGCCCUCAUCGUCUGCCCACCCGGCUUCCAAGGGCUGCAAGCAUCUCCGUCCAAGCACACUAGUUACUCUGUGCGGAUGGAGAACGCCGUUCCCAUAGUGACGCAGGCCCCUGGUGCCCAACCUCUACAGCUCCAGCCUGGCCUGCUGACACAGCAGGCCUGGCCCAGCGGCGCCCAGCAGAUCCUGCUGCCCCCAGCCUGGCAGCAGCUCACCCACACCUCGGUCCAGCACGCCACCGUCAUCCCCGAGCCAAUGAGCAGCACGCAGCCUCUGGCCAGCUGGAGGAAUUCCCACACUCACGCUAGCCACUACAACCCCAUCAUGCAGCAGCCGGCCCUAUUGGCCGGCCACGUCACCCUGCCAUCCAAUCAGCCACUCAACGUGGGAGUGGCUCACGUCAUGAGGCAGCCGUCAACCAAUAACAGCUUGUCCAAAAAGACCAAGCAGCACCAGAUGUCUACAAGGAACCUGUCGGGCUACGAGGUGUCCUCCUCCCAGCCCGUGCUGUCCCCGCAGCGCUCCAAGCGGGUGAAGGAGAACACGCCGCCGCGCUGCGCCGUGCUCCAGAACAACACCUCCUUCAACUGCCCCGCCCUCUCCACCGUCACCGGCGCCCCCGCCCACCAGUCCUGCCACGGAGGCGGAGGAGGUGGAGGAGGAGGAGGAGGAGGAGGCUGGGGGUCCAGUGGCGGCCAAGCGGAACAGGCUUCCAGCACCACCUGCGAUCACCACCACCACCAGCACCACCAACAUCAGCAGCAGCAGCAGCAGCAGCAGCAGCAGCAGCAGCAGCACCAACACCACCACCACCACCACAACCAGCAGCAGCAGCAGCACCACCACCACGUCCCACGACAGACCAUCAUCAUCCCCGACACGCCCAGCCCGGCCGUCAGCAUCAUCACCAUCAGCAGCGACACGGACGACGAGGAAGAACACAAGCAGAGCAACAACAACUUACCGUCGAAGCACAGGAAGAACGUGAUCAGCUGCGUGACGGUGCACGACUCGCCCGAUUCGGACUGCUCCAGCAACAACAGCCCAUACGCCAUGGAGACCAGGUUGGCCAACAACAACAACAACAACGGCUACGACAGCAAGAGCACCGUGCUGGACAACUACAACAACAUGAACUCUCGCACCAUCAUCGUCCCCCCCCUGAAGACGCAAGGCAGUGAGCUGCUGAGCGAGUGCGAUCGCCUCAUGCCAGAAGCAAUUAAUCAUCAGAACUACAAGUUCAAGUCCUCCAUCGGGGGGGUGUCCGGAAACGGGCACUUACCGGGGGGCGUGGUGGGCUCCUACCGGCAUCAGCGCUCCGGGCCGCACCCCUUUCAGCAGCAGCCCCUGAACCUCAGCCAGGCCCAGCAGCACAUGGCGGCGGAGCGAGGCGCAGGCCACCGGCGCCAGCAGGCCUACAUCGCCCCCACCAUCGCCGCGCAGGCGCCCUACUCCUUCCACCACGGCAGCCCCUCCUCCCACACGGGCAACCUCCACCCCCACCCCCACCCCCACCUGACGGCCGCCCACCUGCCCGGCCAGCCCCAGCUGUACGCCUACACCACCGGGCCGCCGGCGGGCGCGCUGGGCUCCAGCGGCGCCACCACCAUGGCCCACCUGGUGGCCUCCCAGGGCUCGGCGCGGCACGCCGCGCAGCACGGCAGCUACCCGCCCGCCAUCGUGCACCAGGUGCCCGUCAGCAUGGGCCACGGCGUGCUGCCGUCGCCCGCGCUGCAGCACCACCACCACCACGCCGGCCAGUACCAGGUGCAGCCCUUCGCCCACCACCACCACCACCACCACCACCACCCGGCCUACAUCAGCGCCUCGCCGGCCUCCACCGCCACCCUGUACACUGGAUACCCGCUGAGCCCCGCCAAGGUCAACCAGUACCCUUACCUCUAGAGGGGCCAAGCCCGCCGUCGGGACCUCUGGGGACCACACUGGAGAGGGAGACCCGCCCCCUGCUGCUGCUGCUGCUGACUACACCCACCUACUCCAACCCGCACCUCCAGCAACCCCCCUCACCUCCCUCCCCCCCUCACCCCCCUCCGAUUUCACUCCCCCAACCCUCGGGAGUCCACUCCCACCCUGUUGACCCCCCCCCCCUCCCCCAGGAACUGUAGAGGCAGAGAAGGAGAAGGAGGCAAAAGGAGUCCGAUGGGAAUCUGACAAAGUCGUGUAAACUUGAAAGCGGAGAGCGAGAGAGAACCGAAUGAGAAGGGAGAGGGUUGGGUAGGAUUGUAGAGGGGUACGUUACAUUUCCCCCCCCUCCCCCGCCCCCUGUUUAUAAUCCUUGUUUGCAAAAAGGGCCAGUUCAAGUCUAUUAUUUUGAUUUCAAUAUUUUACCUUUGAACGAUUCUGUGACUGGUUUCACGAUGGAGUCCCUUUGACAGGCCUGCUUAGACGGAGGAUUUCUUCCUCAAAGAGACGUUGCUUUGGUUUUAUCGCCUCCCCCCACCCCCUGCCCCCUCUCCCCUUCUGGUCUGGGACGUGACAGUGGAACAGGGAUAGCUCUCUCUGGGUGUGUCGAAUAUCCCAAAUACGGAGAGAAAGUGAAAUAAGAAGAAAAAAAACCUGCUGCUCUUUUAAGAAAAAAAUAUAUAUUGAUGGCCUUUAAUUGUCUUAACUAUUUCCAAAUCAUUCACAGUGUGUCUGGGAGAGGGCCCUUCCCCAGCUCACUCCAUCUUCUCAACUAACUCGAGGAGGACUCUGGAAAUAUAACCACCAGAAGACAACAAACUUUCUAGUGUAUUUAUAGAUAUUUUUUGUUCCUUACCUUCUUGUAUGUUUCACCUUUUACGAUACGAUAAACUCUGUUUUAGCUAGGUGUCUUAGCUGGGCCCCUGUUCUUAGAAUGUAGCAGUCUGCACCAACUUGUUUUUAUGGGGAAACUUUGGUUUUAUUUUUCCCCCCCCUCCCUGAUACCAAUAGACUUAUUCGACUCUCCUCCGAUUUAUUUCUUCUUUUUUCAAUGUGAUUGCACAAAAGUGGUUAUAUAAUAACAUAGGCAUGUACAACGUGAUUGUCUGUGUGUGUGUGUGUGUGUGUGUGUGUGUGUGUGUGUGUGUGCGUGUGUGUGAGUGUGCGCGCGUGCCUGCGUGUGGCUGUGUGUAAGCGCUACUGUCAGCCAUGUUGAGUAGAUGGAAAAGCCCUGCAUUGUACAUUGUCCUUUAGCUUCUUCAGCCGUCCUUCCCUAUAGUAGUGCCUUACAGAUAUAAUGACACAGUUUACCUGGCUCUGAUCCCCCCCCCCCCCCCCCCCCCCCCCCCAGAGCCACUGGAGACCCUAAGGGCGCUUCAAGCGAGGAGUGCUUCCCUGGUCUGACAUCCCCCCAGUCUUGGCAGUUGUAGCUUUCUUCCAGGUGUAGACUCUGCCCGGUUGUUUUAGCGUUUUGUGUUUCCCAUUGACAGCGUACUAUAAAGUGAUGAUGAUGAUGUUGACACUUAAUGUCAGAGAGUCGAUAUGAUUAAAAACUGAGCUAAUUUUAUGACGCGUGCAUGAGAUAACCUUGCUUGGGGGUACUUAACCAAAGUCGUUACAUAAAUUAUGGUCACAUGUCGUUGUUUUGUUUCUGUUUUUCGGGAUAUAAAUGUAAAUAAUGAAAUGUAUAGUGUAACUGUGACCUCUACCACCGUGGCACCCGAAAUGUGGCUUUACUUUUAAGAUCACUUGGUGUAUUUUUUACCACAGAAGAAGAAGGAAAUUCAUAAGCAGCAGGGACUCCAGAGCUGGAAAGUAGUGUGAGGUGGUAUAUCGUAUACUGGGCAACUCCAUUUGGACAAACCAAUGUAAAGUGACAUCGGAUUGGCUUGGAUGCAUUGCGCAGCCUCGGUGUUGACAUUAUAUCAAGCUCGAGACUACACAGAAGUCGUCUCGUCGAGCUAGGUCAAGCUAAAAGGACCUGAAAGAGAGUGUUUGUUUCCAUGGCGGCGACCCUGCAAGGCCAAUGUGAGGGCUGACAGAGAACGAGUGAGAGAGAGAGGGAGAGAGGGCCGGGUUGCUAUAAACUGAGAGAGAGAGAACGAGAGAGAGAGAGACUAGAGGACAGAGGGCUGCAGGAGACAGAUAGUGUGUAGGCACAAGCUCUAAGGGGCGGGCCUAAGAAAGCAUAAGGGUUGGUUGGGGUAGGAUUGGUGGAGGAGGAGGUUGGAAUCCCUUAUCUUAAAUGGAAAGGAAAAGAGGUGAGCAUGUUGGCACUGAGCAGGUUGAUAGUAACAAGGAACCCUGAGGUGAUCUUUCGUAGGAGGCCACUGCAUGAACACACACAAACACACAAUGUACGUGCACACGCACACAACCACACACACACACACACACACACACACACACACACACACACACACACACUAUACCUAUAACUCUGGACAGGAGUGUUUUUAAUUAUCGUUGUUGUUACUGCUGUUGUCGUUGAUGUUUUUCUGGCAAAGAUACACGCAAGUUAUUUGUCUUGUUGUGCUCUGAGAAGUCAUGGUAUGGCGAGAUGUGUUGUCAUCUCAUAUAAACGACCAGAAGAGGACAUGUGGAAAACACACACACACACACACACACACACACACACCCUGGAAGAGCCUCUCUUGGACCUGGGCUUGGUCCGCCGCCGCCGCCGCGUGUGUGUCUGUGAGCCGAGGUACAGACCCCUCGGGGGCACAACUUAACACGCAGAACUAUACCCAACGGGGCUCCCGCUCCAUGUGACCCGCUGCUUUAUCUAACGGAUGUUCUCUCUAUUAGCCACUGACGGGAUUAGUAUUCAUUAUCGAACAACGUUAUUUUGUCCUCGUGAAAUGAGUGCGCUCAUCUCAAGUGCUAGUGGCUUAUUAAACAAGCCUUCCCCUUUUCCCCUUUCCCUUCAUAGUUCUGGCAUUUAAAGUUGUUUUUGGAUUUUUCUUUGUUAUUUUGUUCUCAUGUUACGAUUAACUUUUGACAUGGUUGUAGGUUUUGUUGUGUUAAUUAUUAUUAGAGAUUGUUGCAAUAAUUGUUGUGGCUGUUCUAUCAGUGCGUGUAUGUGUGUGCGCGUGUGUGCGUGAGUUUAUAUAUUUUUCUUUUUUAUAUCAUUAUUAUGAAUCGAAUUAUGUCCUGCUCAUUUCAUUUCUUGAUUUAUAACCUUGGGGUGGAUGUAGAGUAAUAUUAAGACCCAGGUGGGGGCACCAGUAUCAAAGCACUGCUGACCAUGCUAACUGUUAAGGUGAAGAUAAUCCAAAUGAGUCGUUAGCGAUUAGCCUCAAUGUGUGCCCACUGCCCAAGCUCCAAACCAACAUUUAAGUGACUACUGGUGGAAGUCAGUGGGCUCUCUUGUCCUCGGUACUGAUUGCUCCCCCCUCCCCCUCCCCUCGCCGGUGGUCCGCAGUGGCCAACAGGGGAUCCUGGCAGUCCAAGAUGUGAUGUUGUGAUGCAGAAUGUUUUUUUUUCUUUCACAUUCUUGUCCGUGUCGAUGUUUUUGUUCCUAUGCUUAUUGUUUUGUCUAGCCCUCAGCCCAUUGGGGCGUAAGUACGCACGUACGAGAGAUUUCUGUUUUUUUCAUUGAAUUCUUUGGUUCCUCAGUUCUGAGGAAGACUACUGAAACAUUCCACUGUUUGAUGAAAUCUGGCGUUCGUCCUCCAUCUUUUACACUGCUGCCGCGUUUCCACGGGGCGACCCUGUCCUGUCUCAGAAUCCUCCCACCAAAGACUCCCACACACACACACACACACACACACACACACACACACACACAAAUACACACACACCCACACACACACACACACACACACACAACUCUGUACAUCUCAGCAAAGUACAAGCAAUCCUCCACAGCGUCUCCACAAAGUAGUCCGGCAAUAAUUCUGGUUUCUUUCCUUUAACUCUUUUAACAAGACUUUUCUUUAAAAGUGCUUUUAGGGAUGUUUUUUGGUUUUAGCCCCGUUGAAUGUAUAUGCAGAAUUGUGUGUGUGUGUGUGUGUGUGUGUGUGUGUGUGUGUGUGUGUGUGUGUGUGUGUGUGUGUGUGUGUGUGUGUGUGUGUGUGUGUGUGUGUGUGUGUGUGUGUGUGUGUGUGUGUGUGCAAAGGAGAGAUUUACCAUGCAAAACGCACACUGCAUUCAUUGAGUUAGUUUCUGUAAAUACAAGCAACAACUGCUGCAGCCAAGCGUUCUCUAUGAAUAGUGUUACUCCUAUUAUGUAUUCCCGCAUUGACUCACGACAAUAGGUAGCUAUUAGUUUAUCUGUUCCCUUAAUAUCUUAACUUCUCCUCAAAAGGUUUUAUGUGUAUUUUUUGUUUUAGUCUUUGAUGUCGUAGCUUUAUCAAUAUUUCAACAAAAUGUAAUUUGUAUAAAAAAAGCGGAUGUAUUGGGUUAGUGUGCCAUGGAAUGGAAUGAUAUGUAAAUUUAAUUUAAUCAAAAAUAUACCAAUUAUACCUUUAAAAUCAUGGUCACGUGCACAAAAUGAAUGUAAUGUGUGACCUGUGACAUUGAACAUGCUUUACAGCUCUUUCAGCAGGUGAAUAUUUAAUUUAAAGACUGAAUUUAUGUAACUGUCAACUUUCACCAAUGCAUGAUGCACUAAUUCUACAGUAACUAUAUUGCAUAAUUAUUUAGCAGCAUAAUUCACCCUUGAGAGAGUAUAUUUCUGUUUCUUGUUUUCUAAUUUGAACAAGAAACAAAGACUAUUUGGAAAAUACAAAACCAAGAUGCAGCAAUCGAGAUUCACAUGAGUUUUACAUGAAACCAUGAUUUUAAUUUUGUGAAAAAAGACAAAUUGGAAGUGUGACUUUGGAGUACCAAAAUGUACAAAGUGUGAAUGCUGCAUUUGGUCAUUUUAAUUCAAGAGUACUGCAAUCCAAACAACUAAGAAUACCUUCUAACUUUGAGGUGUGGUUAAAAUUAGUCAAAGCUAUGUGCGGCUCAGUCUCUCUCAGCCUUUCACAUCUUUUUUUUUUACCCACUGUUCUUUAAAAGAAAAUACUUCACACAAAAGGUGUCAAUUUCCAACUCUGUCCACAAUGUUGUUUGUGAGUAAUGAUGCUCUUUGAACUCUGAAAUAAUUGCAAAACAUUCCUCAAGGCAUACCACCCUUAUUGCAAGCUCCAUUGGUAUUCUCCUGCCAAACUCCUGAAGUAGUGACUUGAAGUGCUGGAAGAAGUGAAUAGGGGUGAAUCACUUAACACACAAAACACACAACACACAACACACACACACGCACACAAAGAACUGUUUCACCUUGCAAUCGUCUGAUAAAAUGUCAAGCCGCUGCCAAAAGUAAUAAGGAGGUAAUGAAAUGUGUUGGCUGGAGUUAACAUGAGCUGAUGGACUCUUUCCUUUCUUUAAUCUCCAUUACGUACAAUCUGAUGACAUAGACAUUCUAUCACAAAAACACAUAUGAGAGGAACAUUCUUCCUAAUUUUGAAUCUCGAUGUGGAGAUUUGCUCCUUUGCUGGCUGUUCCUUAAGUGGGAUUCAGGGUACGGUGGUCAAGGUUUGAUGCCAUCACUGUGAAAUGGUGUUACACAUUGUUGUUAUUACUAGAAGUGAUUCAAAUUGCUUUGUGGUCAUAACCAUUUUAACUGCAUCAGAUUAUAUUUCUUCCAAAUUUCUUUAAUGUUAAGUCCCUAGUCCAACACUUUGCUACUUACAGAUCAAAACAACACUAUUCCAAGACAAAUACGUUUGUAGACCAAGACAAAGACUACUUUCAAAUUUAGGUAUAACAUUUUUACAAUGUGAAAAAUAUUUUUUUAUUACGAUAAAGCCUGGUGUGUAGAGUUUCAAUUGUAAAAGAAUAAUUUCUCCCAUUUGACUUGAAUUACAUUCUAUUUUGCCAUUCUCAUUUUUAUGUCAAAACUAAAAUUAACUACUGUGUUGGCCGUAUGCUUGUACUUUACACACAUGUUCAUAUUUUCUUAUGAAUCUCCCUCAGACCAUAGUUUCCAUUGUAAGACCUAAACCUGCAUCAGACCCUGACCCCCUGUUGUGUCCAUUGCCGUUUGCUGGAGCGACGGAUGACAUUUCUUUGUUGAUGAAGCCAAUGUGUGCUGUAUUUCCUGCUAAACCUUUUGUUCCGUUACUCUCCUCCUUUUCUUUUCUUUAUUGGGGUGUGUGAUGUCUUAUUAUUUCAAUCUGUUACCGUAGCGAUCUAUGUAUACCCUAUUCCUUAGCCUAAUAUUAUUAACUAUGUUAUGAGAAUGGAUAUUUUACUGGCUUUAUAGAAUGUUUAAAUAAUUAUAAUAAUGACAAUAAGAAGAGUGAUUAAGUAAAACAAAAACUCCUAACAAUAUUGAGUACAUGCUUCUCAGCGCUUGUGUUUCCAUUAUGAUGUUGUGUGCUUCUCUUAAUCAUUUUCGUUGUAGAAAAAUGGAGUGAAUUUAUAUUAGGCUUCAAAAAUCUAACGAUAGCUUUGUAAAACUACGGGAGGAUUUUAACAGACAAACAACCUUCGUCAAAUAGAAGAAUAUAGUUAUUUUAAUUGUCCUCUUUACUAACUGUAGGAUGAGAGGGUCUCGCUUUGUGGUGAACUAUGUUAUAGCUUGUUAUUCACUGUUACUUUUGAUCAUUUUUUCGGUCUCCGAGGUGAAUCGAGUUAUUAAUGAGAAUUUGUAUGAUCACAUAUGCAUAUUGUAUAUGUGUAGAAAUGUAAUCACACUUUGUCUUGGAUUUACAUUAAACUGUUAAGUCACGGCA